AUGGUAGUAGGAGAACGACCAAGGACAUUUUCGUCCAUUAACAAAAAGUUCAACUUAAAGGAAUUAUUGUGUUUCAAAUCAGAAAUGGAGAAUGUUAAUGUUGAAAAAGAUUCUGCUAAUCAAGAAGGACAAUCUGAUAAGCUUUCUCGUUUUCAAGAAAGGAAGCGACAAAGAUUAGAAUAUAGAUAUGGAUGCUUGGCUCGUAUAAAAUUUCAAAUAUCAAAUGACAUGUGGGAAGUAUGUAAAUUUAAUGAUGUGCAUAGUCGUUCAAUGAUAGAAGACAAUUUAAGACAUUUCAUACAACCUGGUCGAAAGCUUACAAGUGCUACCAAAAAUAUUCUUGGUUCUAUGAUCGAGACUGGUAUUCGCACUAAAAAAGUUGUUCUAUAUCUUCAAAAUGAAGCAGGUGGAAUUGAAAAUACAGAAUUUAUUGAGCAAGAUGCUCAUAACUUCAUACAAGCACAUGAGAGAAAUAUGAUUAGUGGUGGAGAUGCUCAAACUUUGAUAAAUCAUUUUAUGCAUUUGCAAUCGGAGGACUCAAAUUUCUUUUAUUCUUUUCAAGUUGAUGAAGAUGGCAGAUUGUGCAACUUUUUUUUGGAGAGAUAG